CGACAGGGUCUUGGAUUUGUCAAGAGAGUAUAAUACAUUUCGUGUAUAUUUUCUGUCUCCAGACGUUGAUUAGUCAUUAUUAGUGUACGUCCGCUGAGGGUAAAGAUAAGUGGUUACGUGCCGUGAUAACGCAAAUCGUAUAUAUUAUUCUUCAAAAUCCAAGGGUCUGUGACUGUGGGAAAGAGUGUAAACUUUUGAUAACGAUAGAUCAACACUACGGUACGGGUUGAAGUAAAUUGUCAUUGAAAUCAACGUUCGGUAUUCAUUCAAGUUCUUUAAAUUAGCGUCGCGAUAACUUGGGGGCAAUCGUUGAAGAUGCCUAAAGUUGCAGAAUCAGAUGAGGAUCUGCAGCUGGACUGUGAAGGCACACGCUCACAACAACAGGUCGUCGAACAUGAUGUCUGCAUGAUUCCAGACACGCCAGAACCAACACGUCCGCAUCGCAAGCGCCCGAGAGUGCCGCUGUGCAGGGGAGACGUAAACAACCGCACGAGGCGAAAUCACAGAGUCAACGGCCUGCUGCACAAUUCGGCGGCCAUUACGGAAUCUCGACAUGCAGACGUGUCAUCGAUUGUUAGAAAGCGGACGUUUGUCAUUCCGGUUCAGACGCCGGAGCAUUGGCGAGGGGAACGGGCACACAAACACGGUUCCGCCAUGCCGGUUGACGACCCGCGCUGCGUCGAUUCGAACGGUAGUAUAGGCGACGAGGAGAAUUCGUCCAUGACCGGAGCGAAGAGCGCGGAAUUCAAACAAGCGGAAUCAACUGGAACACACGAGGGUGCGCGGUGUGACUCUGAGAAUCCUUGGGAGUCGCGCGCCCGCCGUCUCGCAGACGGAAGAGACGUGCGGCGGCGAACGGGACACGAUGCGUCUCGUGAAGCCCGCGGGAUGACCCAUCGUCGUAACACCACUGCUGCUGCUGCUGCCGGCGUUCGUGACCGUGAUCUUGACUGCAGCACAGGGUGCGCCCGUCAAGCUACGCGCACCGUGCGUCCGUCCACGCGCGCCUCGCGUGUACGCCGCGUCGCAGCCGAGCUGAACCUCCAUCAACGCUCGCCUUCUCCCCUCAGCGAGACUUCUCCCGUCAUCGUUGACUUACUAUUCAGCGACGGAGAGGCGGUGGCGUCAGAUGGUCGCGCAAUCAGUGUUAGGAAUCGCCGUCCUGUCUCCGGGGCCGGCGACGAUCGGCACGCUAGUGGCAGCAGGUCGCUGUCACUGUCAGUGUCCGGCUGUCACUCGCAGCAACCGGCGAUGGAUGCGUGCAGGCAGACGACUGAGGCGAGAACAGUGUCAGUAGAUAAGGCACCUAGCAACACGGGCAUCGCGAAUAGCGUCGAUGUUGCCGCGCAGCCCGGCGAUGCGGAUGUGCCGACUGCUGGCUGUGCAGAUGUGACUCCUGUACCGGCAGAUAUGCAGCAUAGAAAUAUAGAUGCCCAGCCCAGCAGUACAGCUGUGCAGUGCGGGGCGGUAGUUGUAGAGCCACUCAGAGCAGAUGAGCAGCCCAUGGGAAUAGCAGUGCAAUCCACGAUUACAGACGUGCAAUCUAACCAUCCCGAUUUGGAGCCUAGUGGUAUUGAAAGUGAACGACAGGAGCGUGACAUCAUUGCAGGUCCACAAAUCAGAACUGCGUUGCAGCCUAAUGACGCAUCGAUUCAGGCUACCAGUGUUGCAGUGCAGCCGAGCAGUAUUGCAAUUCCGUCCAGCACUGGUGUGGGGCAGCCUAACAGUGCUGCACAAUCCAGCAGUGUUGAAGUACUACAUGUCAGUCACAGUGUUGCACCUAAAGCAGCACGAAAAAGCAGUAAACAACACAGGAAAGAAGAGACAAGGAGAGCCAGAGGGAUAGCUUCAUGUAUUAAUGACCACACCUUUGUGGACGAUGAGGGGAUUAUCUGCCUGGACACACCACACAGAAUGCCACAGAGCCCAGAGGUGAUUGCAUGCGACCCGGAGCACAGCGCCUGGUUGAGAGACAAGGCACAGAGUCGCAGACGUAUCAGCAGCAGAGGCUCUCACGUUCAGCAGAUACAGACCGAUGAGGAAGUCGCCAGACGCCUGCAGGAGGCACUAGAUGCAGAAAUGGCAAAUGACCUUGCGUCUGAAGAAGCUUUGGGCAUGCUGCAGGAGCAGCAGCAAGAUCUGCAGCACGAAUCGAUUGCCUCACACAUGCAUCAGAGUCAUGCGUUUGGAAUACCUCCUGUCGAAUUAGGAGCUCCAUAUCUAGAUAUCCUUCCAGGAUUCGAUUCCUAUGAGACGGCUGCUGGCUUGGCAUCCCAGCCUGCGCGUCGUGGCAGGAGAGGAAGGAGAAGGCAGCAGAGAGGAGGGGUGUCAUCUAGAACGCAGCUGAAUGACUCAUGGAGCACAGGCAACAGCUACGAGGAGCUGUGGCAGCUGUCGGAACAGCUAGGUGACGCUGUCCAUCGCGGCCUCUCCCUGCGCGAGAUCGAACAGCUGCCGACGCACGCCUACACCGAGCCGCCAGGGGGCGCCACGGCCGUCGCCGCCAGCGAUUGCAGCAUCUGCAUGGAGCGUUACCGUGGCGGCGAGCAGCUGCGCCGGCUGCCUUGCCUGCACUGUUUCCAUGCUACCUGCAUCGACACGUGGCUCGAGUGUCAAGCCACAUGUCCAGUGUGCCGAGUGAAGGUGGAUUUGCAUCAGCAGCAUUAGCAGCAAGAUCAGUGAUCUUCAAACACAAGCAAUCAUCUCUAUCAUUGGUUGCACUGAACAUACUGUCUUGUCUUUAUACAUAUAAAUUAUAGGCAAAUUGUCAAUUCCCCCUCCCACACUUUAGUGAAAGAAGUGAACUGUUUAUAUGAUGUCUUCCAUGUUUGUCAAUCUGAGAAUACGUUUUGCAUGUUAGUCGUUAGAGAGUAAAGACUGAAUACGAAACAAAGUGGUGUAACAGUAUAGAUGAAUUCACCCACAAGUGUGGCAAUGCAUCGUGAUUAAUAAAUGCUUAUUUUUA